AUGCUGUGGUCUUCUGAACUCGUUCUAACACUUCUCCCCUUUGCUGCGUUCAACACGGCAUCUCCAACACCGAGAUCAAGAGAUAAAUUCGAUUGGUCAUCGAAAAGGUCACUCAUUGCAUUCGGAGACUCCUACACUUACGUCCAAGGGACCCAUGGACACCAGAACUAUAGCUUCAUCGGCGAUCAAUUUGACUUUUCAUAUGAUGCAGAAACCCUCUUGUCAAACAAGAUCGUGCAAAACCAAACUGCAACCGCAGAGGGAGGCCCCAAUUGGGUCGAAUACCUCACAAAAUGCGGGCUCAAGCAAGGGCUGACAUCGCCAAGGACCUGUGCAAAGCAGCUUUGGGACUUUGCUUUUGCAGGAGCAGACAUUUCAACGGAAUACACUCCCCUGCACCACAACUACACCGUCUCCCUCGUCAACCAAAUCACCCAAUUCAAAACCUACGGUGCCCCAGUCCUCCAAACCUUUCUACCAGCCUCCAAAUCCCUAAUCGCAGUUUGGAUUGGAAUCAACGACGUCGGCGAUAGUUCCAAAUACGCUGUAGACUUCCCAACCUUCUACGGCAAUCUCACCAGCACACUGUUCUCCUCUGUCAACGAACUAUACGAUCUAGGCUACAGAUCUUAUCUAUUCAUGAACCUGCCCCCGCUUGACCGCACGCCGGGAAACCAGAAGACUACCACACCGCACCCCAACGCCACACAGGUGGCCUGGUACAAUGAUGCACUUGCGGCCAAGGCAGAGCAGUUCGGGAAGAAUAAGGGGGAUGUGGAAGUGCGGGUGUUCGAUGCACAUACACGAUUGAGCGCGAUGCUGGAUAACCCGGCCCAGUACGGGAUUGUGAAUACGACUGAUUUCUGCGAGGGUUAUGACCAGCCGGAUAUUGAUACUAAUUACAAGGCGUAUGGAUGUCCGACGCCGCUGGACACGUACUUUUGGUAUAACUCGGGGCAUAUGACGAGUCAUGUGCAUCGUAUCUUGGCCGAGGAGCUGGAAGAGUGGUUGAAGGAGUAG